AUGCCUCCGAGAUUCUUGCGUACGCGAGGACGCGGAAAGGGGCCGGUAGCCGCCCCCAACGACCACGAAGCAGGACCUUCGAAUACACGAGGUCCUAUCCCCGCCGAGAGUGAUGGUACUCAGCAGAACCAGAGAGGUCUCUUUCAACCGGCAAGACGGUCGGUUUCGAACAGUUCGACGACUCCCGCUCAGGACUCCUACGGGCCACAAUCAAAAAAUGAGCCUGGAGAUUCACACCAUUCGUACUUACCGUUACAGCGAUCUAUGUCGCACCGCCCCUUUGGAGACCCCACUCCAUUCUUUCAAGGCCAGUUUAACCCGGCGAAUUAUAUACAAGAACCAGUGGGUUUCAACCCAUUGGGACCGGAGGACCAUUUCUAUGGAGGAAAUGAUAAGGACGAGGAAGACGACCCCGUCGAACCCGCAUCAGGAACUCCCAACCAUCCCAUCGAGGUCUCGGAUAGUUCAAUUUAUCACGGACCACCCUAUGACGGUCCAGAUAGCUUCCAGGCUAUCUUUACUCGGCACGAAUGGUAUUAUACACCUUCUCACCAUUCUUCGCCGCAUGAGCAGCAACAGCAGCAUCAUCAAGAUUCCUCUGGGAAUCACCAGUUUGUGGCAGUUACGCCACCGCCUCCACCGCCACCAGUUCAGCCGGCGCCUCCGCAGCCACAAAGACGUAUGAGAGCCGGAGCGCGGAUGUCCACACGAAGAGAAGAGUUUCAUUUCAGCUCUCCUCUACAAUCAAGUGGCAGAAAUUAUCAGCCACUUCAAGAAGUUCCACAAAUGGGUGGACCAUCAAACACCGUCGCGCAGCAACCGCCACCAAUAGGUUUUGAUAAUCAGAUACCAGCAUACACGGGUCCUUCGAUGUACAACCCGUUUGAGCCACCGACUCACACUAACCUCGGUUACGCUGAAGCCGACCCAUAUUUGGUAGCGGCUAAUUACAUCGCCCUUAACCCGGAGGGACCGUAUGGAGGUCCUUGGGGAGUAGGCUACCCAGCACAGGGAUACCAGAUUCCUACACAACCCCCGUACUACCAACAACCCCCGCCGUCUCUACAGAUGUCGCCACCACUGCAUCAGGAGAUCCUACAAAGUAUUAGGGAGGUGCGGCAUGAGGCACGGGAAGACCGACGGCGUAACCAGGGGAUGUUCAAGACCUUGACGAACUUAAUCAAGGGAAAGAGCAAGAAGGAUCAGUAA